AGACUGGUACCAGGGGUAGAUUGGGUGUAGCACCAAACGACGCGUACAUCAGAGAAGCACCACGCCGGAGCUGCGCGGCCGGUGAGAUCGAGAGCGUGCGGCGACUGGAUGGCGGUGCGCUCGCCAGGAAUUGGCGACCUCGAGGGCCCGAUCGCUGAGCAGGAGGAUCUUGUCCACCGGAGGUUGGAAGCUGCUGAGGAAGCCGUCGAAAGAUGGUGGUCACGGGCCGGGUCCGACGCCGGGGGCGGCGGCGUCUCCGAUUCCCCUGAGCUCGCAGCGGCGGUCAGGGAGCUCAUCAGCCUAUGUUCAGACGGCGGUUCCGGCGGCCAGCGCGCCAAGAUGGCCUUACAGGUAGCAAUGAUGCAUCUUGAAGAUGAGUUCCGCCAAGUUCUCAUUUCAGGCACAUAUUUUCUCCCCACUGACAGUCUUCAAGCAUCUCUAUAUGACAACAUUGCCGUUCCUGCUCGAUCUUUGUCGUUCUCAUCAUUCCCCAACUUGGAGGCUCUCAGCAUAUCCUCAUUCAGUUUCACCGCAACUACAGAUGACAGCCGGACAUAUUGUAGUGGAUUUACUAGAGAUUCUGUGUCCAUGGAAAAGCUACAGCUGUAUCUCAUUGACCCUGAAGCUUCAAACCUGCUAAUGGAGAUUGCUGAACUCAUUUUCCUUGCUGGCCACGUCCCAAAUAUUUGCCAUGUCUAUAGUGAAACCCGUCACAACACACUAAUGCAGUGCCUUUGUUUGCUCGGUGUUCAAAGUGAACAUGCAGCAGCUACUGCUGAAGAUGGAUGCAGCAUGCAGCUGGAUAGUCACAAAGUGAAAUUGUGGAUCCAAGGACUCAAAAUAUUUGUUGGCACAAUACUUCCUGAGGAGCGCCGUGCUUGUGCUCAUAUUUUUGGGUGCAACAGUAUGGUUGAACAGGAUUGUUUCACCAGAGCCACCACACGUUGUACUCAGCAACUGCUUGCGGUUGGAAAUGCAAUAGCCCAAGCAAAGGAACGGGACUAUGAAAAAGUACCCUUAAUCCUAGAAAUGUACGAGGAACUUGCAACGCUUCAACCAAGCCUACAAGACUUAUUGUUUGGUGAUGCCAAGGACGUGAUCAGUCAGGAGGCCAGCACGCUUCUUGGCAAGCUUGGGGAAGCAGCACUUGGUCUACUGCUGGAUUUCUUGAGCUUACAGCUUAAUCAUGAUUUAGAUGAAAAAACUGCACUUGAUGGAAGUAUCCUUUCAUUGACACAAUUUGUCAUGGGCUUCACCAAAGUACUUUCUGAGUACAAUGGCUCACUUAAUAUUAUUUUGCCCCUUGAGGAGGAGGAUGCUGGAGAUAGUAAAAAAAGAACUUCUGUGGCGCCCUGGGAACUGUAUGUGCUCAGGCUGCUUUCUCAUUUGCACUUGAGGAUUGUGGAGAAAUCUGAAUUUUACAAGGACGAACGUUUGCGUUAUAUAUUCUUGAUGAAUAAUGCCAUGUAUGUGCUCGAACACUCACAUUCUUCGGUUCUCGGAAUAUCCUUAAGGGACAAUCAGACCCAUGAAAAGCUUGUCCUACUGGUGGAGGAGUAUGCAACAGCUUACCUGCGAGCUACAUGGUUUCCAGCUCUUUUUCAUUUAAAAGGAACACGGGAAGUAUUCAUUCUAGGCAAAGGGAAGGAUAUGAUGAAAGAAGUGAAAGAUGUGAAAGAAGGCUUUAAGAACUUCAACUCAGCAUUCGAGGAGAUCAGCAGGGUUCAAACGACAUGGAAAGUCCCUAACCCUCAACUUAGGCAACACUUGCGGAUAAUUAUAUUGAAUCAGGUCGUUCCAGCUUAUUCUACGUAUGUUGGAAGGUACAGUUCAGUGAUCCAUAAUAAUUCAGUUAGUAAGAGUAAGUACAUAAAGUAUAUUCCCAACGACAUAGAGAAUAUUGUCCUGGACCUGUUUGAAGGUUAGGAGACGAAAUUGUUAAAAUGGUCAAGUAUUUGGUGGUUAGCAGCCAAUGAAAUACAGUGGACACAUAUCAAGCCUAUUUGCUACACGUAGAUUCGAAGGGAUUGGCUUGAGACAGAUCAUGGACAUGCUUAAUUAAGAAUGAAGCACCGACAUUCACCAGUUGUAAAAAUAAAACCGAGCAUGGCUCCCACUGUGAGCCUCAGGCUCACAUAGUCACAUGGACCGCGUCCAUGCACCGGCUGUUGCGUAAGAAUAAUCGUACCUUUCCGUUUAACUAAGCAUAGAGCAUGCUGAUUUCAUGUUUGACAUAAUUGAUCUAAUUUAAGCAUAUACAGAUUGGA